UGUACUGAUAACGUUGAGGGUUGCAGCGCUCUCGGUAAAACACGAUUUUCAGUAGCAUUAAUAACAUUGCGAUCGCCAACGCCUGACUGACUGUUGACCGCGGGAAGAUUUUGCUGCUGCUCCUCCUACCGGUGAAUCGCUGUUCACUGGUAAACUAAAGCUUCGGCGGCAUUAUAAAUAGCUGUCACGUCGGCGAAGGCCAUGAUAGAUGCUGUAAUUUAAAACAAAUUGCUGCUUAGCGAUUAGUGCUAGGGGCGGUCUAAGUCCUGAAUCUAGCAGCGAUGGCGCGAAAUGACUAAUCUGUCAUUUGCCCUUAUCAAGUGUACGCCAUACAACAUGGAUGAUUUUAUAAUUAUAUCAGAUGGGUCAGAUUCUGAGAAUGCUUUUCCCAGAGCAUCUAGUGAAAAUGAUGUGUUCAAGUUUCGGAAGAAAAGGAAGAAAACUGGCAGCAACAAUUGGCUCCGAUCUCCCCCUAACACCUCCACGCCCAUGAGAACAAAUGUGGGAAUAAUUGACUUGACCCAUAUUGACUCUUGGAUGGGAGAACUGUCAGAGUCAGUCUCUGAUAUUAUCGAUCUGACUAGUACUGAGGAUAAUGGAAUAACUUUUCCUGAGAUUUCAUCUAAUCAGGGGUGCUUUUUCAUAGCUGAGAAGAAGAUCAAACCGGAAUAUCAGUUUAAUGGCUAUGUAAAAAAUACAGAAGGUGCAUGCUGGUCAUGCCCCACUCUUUUAGAUAAAGUCAAUGAGGACUCUUCUUAUCGAGACAAGACAGCUGAAAUCAGCAGGACUAUUAUCAGCAGGGACAUGGGCUCCUUGGAGGAUGCUAGAAAUUGUGUUUUGGACCAAUUAGCUUUGCCUAAAAGAAGAGAUGACUCGCUUACAUGUAAAAUGAACAGGGAUAUGGUUUUAGAGAGCCCCCUGGUCUUAUCAAAUUCCCACUGGCAAACUGCAUCACAUAACAAAAUUUCUAGCCUGGACUAUAAUAAUGAUAAUUUGGAUAUGUCAUUGAAAUCGGUUCCAACAUCUUCACCAUCAUCAAUAACAGACACAAAGGGCAAUGCAAUCAAACCGGAAUCCAUUUUUGAAACUGCCUCAUCCAAGAAGGCCUGGCUAUUCAAGCUUAGACACUUCAGAUAUCACCCUGUCAAUCACCUCUUCUUCAGUAGGUUAAAACCAGAAGAUGGAGAGAAGAAGCCGCUUAUCAAACCACUGCCGAUUCCUUCAAGACGAAUGAAUAUUGUAAGCCAUACUGUGGAAGAAGACUUUCCUAGGGGUACCUUGCAUUAUUUGACUGAGUUUGUUUCUCCUCAUCACUACCCACCCACUGCUCAUCAAUACCCAUCCCUCGACCCUCCUAUCCUUUGUCACAUCAUUCGCUCCAUCCUGCUGGGUGCCCAGGAACCAGGCAUCAUGAACGAAGCUUACACCUUUCUAAUGAAAGUACAAGAGCUCCACCCAGUUAAGUUAUCUACUGUGCCAUGGGAUUGGAAUCUGUUUACAGAGAUGAUGGAGAAAGAGAAACACCCUGCACGACUGCUCUUCCUCCAAUAUGUUGUUCAGACUUUAGAUGAUGACUUCCAGCUGCACGUACAGAGGCGAUCUCUACAAAAAUGCCUGGCAAAAUCUAUGUUAUCUUGUGACAAGAGUUUUGCAAACAUAAGGGAUAUUGUUAAAUGGUUGGUUGAUUCUUUGAAGAACGUCACUGAAGUGUGUACUGCUGAAUAUGAUCACAACACCAUGAAUGACCACCAAAAGGUGACUUGCCUCCUUCAGCGCAUGCUGUCCAUUGCUGUGGAAGUAGACCAGUCUCCAACAUGCAGCUCGAACAAGAUUGCAGGAUUCAUGUUUACAUAUGUUCUAAGCAUUAACUCACGACACCAGAGGGAGAUGUUUUUGAAGAGCAUAGAGAGUACCCUCCUGCGGGCAAAGUUAUUAGACGUAAUGUUCCAACAUAGUUGCGAGCUACCUCCAACUCUUCCUCUCUCCUUGAGCAAGAUCCUCUAUUUCAUAGACCACUCCACACUCCUCCUAGAAGAGCGGAGUCGUGGAAAAGAGUGGCAGAGAUGGGAUGAAAUGCUGCACCACUUGUGUUUAUUAUUCUUUAGUUACCAAAGGAUUAUGCCAGAACAUUUACGGACCCCUGUGACAGAGCGCAUUGAUUGCAUUCUCCAGUCAACACAGGCACACAUGCCGAAUGAGGAUUUGGAUAUCACAGAAGCAGAUGUGGAGUUUUGCCUAAAUAACUUCAAAACACGAACACUUGGAUCUGAAAUACCACAAACUAUACAAGCAAAGCUCAACUUGCUGUAUAGUUUGUUUUGUACUACUAUUAAAAAUACAUAGUGACAUUUUAUAUAUGUGAAGAUGAAUGGUGGGGAUAAAAUUUGCUAUGUUUUUAAUAUUCACUUUUCAGGCAAACUGCUAUAGUAGAAUUGAGGAUUAAACUGUACAAAUUACUUACUCCCUAGUCAUAACUUUUUAUAAGGGGAAAACAGAAGUGUUCCCCUCUCAUGCAGAAACUAGUAUUAGGAAUGCUUUUUAACAGGCUAAAAAAAAUGUUGUUAAUAUUGAAAAAUGCUGCUGUAAACUUUGUUUCUCUUUGUGUUGCCAACAUUUAAUCCAUUAUCCCAAGCUUAGUCUGUUAGUUUAUCAACUUUUUCCUAAGCACUUUACAGAUGUACAUAGACUUGUAAAAUAUAAAAUGUACAUACUUUAUUUCUCUUCCUACUUUGUUUAAAUACAAACAUGUUUUGGUUAAAGGGACACUGAACCCAAUUUUUUUUCUUCUGUGAUUCAGAUAGAGCAUGACAUUUUAAGCAACUUUCUAAUUUACUCCUAUUAUCAAAUUUUCUUCAUUCUCUUGGUAUCUUUAUUUGAAAUGCAAGAAUGUAAGUUUAGAUGCCGGCCCAUUUUUGGUGAACAACCUGGGUUGUUCUUGCUGAUUGGUGGAUAAAUUCAUCCACCAAUAAAAAAAGUGCUGUAUCAAAAAAAAGCUUAGAUGUUGUCUUUUUCAAAUAAAGAUAGCAAGAGAACAAAGAAUGUGAUAAUAGGAGUAAAUUAGAAAGGUGCUUAAAAUUGCAUGCUCUGAAUCAUGAUAGAAAAAAUUUGGGUUCAGUAUCCCUUUAACCCUGUUUAGACAAAUUGAAAUCUCGCGAUCGUGCAAGUGCUUGUGAGAUUUCAAUGAUGGGAUCGGGUCGGGGGUGGCGUCCCUCUGAAGCUAGGUUCACCCUCCAGACCGCAAUCCCAUCCAGGAAGCGCCGUUUUGCUUCAGGACAGCCAAAUGGCUUGGAUGUUCUGUUUUUUUACUUUAAUCUAUUAACGCCGUUCUAGUCCGUCCUAACGGCGCCGAGCUUUAGCGCCGUUAGGACGGACUAGAACGGCGUUAAUAGAUUAAAGUAAAAUUGUAAACUAGAUUUUUCUUUGCAUAAAUGUUUUGUAGAUGAUCCAUUUAUAUAGCCCAUCUGGGGGUGUUUUUGUAAAAAAAUGUAUAGUUUUUUUUUUGGUGGUUAUUUUUAAAUAACAUUGCUGAUUUUAAGACUCCUAACCAAGCUCCAAAUUUUAAGAUGUAUACAGACUUUAGAUUGCUUUUGUUUGUAUAAUGUUUCUUUUCAUAUGCAGGGGAGGGUCUGCUAUUAGCCCCUUUUUCAGUAGGUUUCCAAGCCUAACGUAAUCAACAGUGCUAAAUUAGGAGCUUUUAAAAGGUUUUAUACUGAAUUUUUGUAUCAGUGUUUUUUCUGUCCCUUUAAGGGAGAUACAAGCAGAAAAUAGUGAUGUAAGGUGGACAGCUAUCCGACAACAGAUAUGACGGAGCAUAAUUCGUUUUGCAUACAAUAAAAUACAUUUACAACUCGA